AUGGAGACCGGCACGCCGAAUAUGACCCCGAUGCCAGCAGCAGCAGCAGAAGUGCCUGCCAAGGCUGAGGUGGACGACUUUCUGCGGCGCAAACGAAAAGCGCGUGAGCACAAGGCGUGUUAUCCGUGUCGACAACGAAAAGUUCGUUGUGAUCUUGCCAGGCCAUGCCGCACCUGUGUCGAGCGCGAGCAUCCCGAACUAUGCGACUACCAUCCACCUAAUAAGAAACAGAACAAUGGUUCCUCAUCCUCGGCAUCACUCGCGCUUCCUGCUGCGGGUACCAGCAGUGGGGUUCCUGCGUUGAGCGCUAACAUGGUCACGCUAUCGCGAUCGGACUUUGAUCAUUUAUGUCGAAAACUCGACAAUGUCGAGUCUGCGCUGGAAGAAUUGCGCCGAGAGAUGAGAGGCUCGAACAGUAGACCAACUCAAAACCCUUCUGGACGUUCUUCACCAUCAAGUACUACGCAGAAGACCGAUGGUGCUCAGCCAUGGAUCAACAACCAAUUUACUCGCCACACUACUGUUCAUGGACUUCACGCCCGAAAUGACUUGACUGGCCAAACUGUACAUCUUGGAGGCUCUUCAGUACCCGCGCUUGUCAUGGCUUUGGGUCAAGGCGAUCGUGAGCAGCCAUCGGUCCAGGAAAUACUUGGCAGGUCCAUUCUUCCCAUGUUCGGUUUAGACAACGAGACGGCGACAUAUCCAUUUGUAGACCUCUGGGGACUGGCUCAUGGCUCUCUUGCACGCGCCCAAGAACUGGCCAAGACGAUACCUACCGACAGUCAAUGCUUAUCCUUCUUCCGCUACUACCAAAAUCUGGGAAACAUCAUUUUCCCAGGCGUUGCAGACAUCUCAACUUUCGAGAUGGACUUGACGCGGUUCCUGCAGAAGAGGAACGAACAGAUGGGCGUAGCCGGAUCUUUGCCUGCCGACAGUCCUCUGCCUGGAGUUACUGAGCAAGCGAUAUACGACAAGAACCUCGAAUGGGUUGGACUGCUGUUCGCUGUCCUAGCGAGUGGUUGUCAAUGCUCUGGUCUGCCCAGAAAAGAACGUGAAUUGACGUCUCAAGUCUACACACCAAACGCAUACACCGAAAUCCCGCCCUACCACCUUGCCAUGUACAGACUCUGCAGGGUUGGUCUCGAGAUCGUUCGCGACCGCACAAAGACGAUGAGCUCGCGCGAGUUGUUCGCCAGAAUCACGAAUCACAGGAACGAGAUUGACGACAUUAUGGCAGGCACAGCUGACUACUUGCGUGACUCACGCACCUGCAAGUCGGUAGAAGAGUCGCUCGAGCACUGGGCACUUUACCUGCAUGUGUCGUACAUAGUCUCCGAGCUAUGUCGACCAGCCAUCAGUCCCAGUACAGCAAGCUACGAACUCUCAAAAGCUUUCAAGCAGACUUGUAUCGACAGCUUGGUCAGUACAGUGGAAGCGUUCCUUGGUCUCCAAAACAUCACACCUUACGCGAGACAAUCUUGGGCUGCCGUGCAUCGCAGUUUGAGUUCUGCACUGCUCCUUGGCAUCAUGGGCGAGCAUGCCCACAACGAGCGCGCACGUCGUCUUCUAGGCAGAUUUGUGGCUCUCAUGUCAGACAUGCAGUCAGCCCUCGACCCGCAAGAACUGGCAGCACCGAUGGAAAGAGCCAUCACGGCACUCAAGAAACUGAACAUUCAAGAAUCGAGACCGUCGAGAUUCAUCGAGGAUAUUGCCAUGGCGCCUUCAGGUGGCAGUGUGGCAGACAGCACUGAAAGUCCUGGCAUGGCUGGUGUGGAUCACUCGAGCGUGUUCCCUUCCAACACGAGUGCAUUGGUUGAUGAAGAGUAUUCACCGUAUAGCGUGCUCAACUCGAUCUUGUGGGGCCAAGGGCCGACUCCUUGA